AGAGUAGCUCUGCGAGGUGGGGAUGGAGAGUUCUCGGGGACCGGCCUUCUGCUAGCCCUGCCUGGGAGACACCCCAAGACCGUGGAAUCCUGUGCCUUGAAACUUCCAGAGGAGCCUCGUAUGUCACAAAGUGGCCUGAGGGGCUUCCAGCUUAUUUGGGGGGAGCACAGAUGAGGAUGCUGCAGGCAUGUUUGACUCGCACGUAUUAGACUGCCCAGCAGUGAUUUUCGACAAUGGAUCCGGGCUUUGCAAGGCAGGACUGUCUGGAGAGAUUGGCCCCCGCCACGUCGUCAGCUCUGUCGUGGGACACCCCAAGUUUAAGACGCCUUUGACGGGGGCCAACCAGAAGAAGUACUUUGUAGGGGAAGAGGCCCUGCACAGGCACGAGAUCCUUCACCUGCACUACCCCAUCGAGCGUGGCCUGAUCACAGGCUGGGAAGACAUGGAGAAGCUCUGGAAGCACCUGUUUGAGUGGGAGCUGGGAGUCAAGGCCAAUGACCAGCCGGUGCUCAUGACAGAGCCCUCACUGAACCCCAGGGAGACCCGGGAGAAGAUGGCCGAGUUGAUGUUUGAGAGCUUCGAUGUGCCCGCCUUCUACCUGUCGGACCAGGCCGUGCUGGCCCUCUACGCCUCGGCCUGCGUCACAGGCCUGGUGGUGGACAGCGGGGACGGGGUUACCUGCACUGUCCCUAUCUUUGAGGGCUACUCCCUGCCCCAUGCUGUCACCAAGCUCUAUGUGGCAGGGAGGGACAUCACAGAGCACCUCACCCGGCUGCUGCUGGCCAGCGGGAGGACCUUCCCGUGUGUGCUGGACAAAGCCCUGGUGGACGACAUCAAGGAGAAGCUGUGUUAUGUGGCCCUGGAGCCGGAGAAAGAGCUGGGCCGGAGGCCGGAGGAGGUCCUCCGCGAGUACAAGCUGCCUGAUGGCAACAUCGUUCCCAUCGGGGACCAGCUGUACCAGGCUCCCGAGGCCCUGUUCUCGCCUGAGCAGCUGGGCGUCCAGAACCCGGGCCUGUCCAAGAUGGUCUCCUGCAGCAUCACCAAAUGUGACGCUGACAUCCAGAAGACCCUCUAUGGGGAGAUUGUGCUGUCCGGUGGCACCACGCUCUUCCAGGGGCUGGACGACCGGCUUCUAAGGGAGCUGGAGCAGCUGGCCACCAAGGGGACCCCCAUCAAGAUCACAGCACCACCCGACCGCUGGUUCUCCACGUGGAUUGGUGCCUCCAUCGUCACUUCCCUGAGCAGCUUCAAGCAGAUGUGGGUCACCUCUGCAGACUUCAAGGAGUUUGGGACAACUGUGGUUCAGAGAAGAUGCUUCUGAGGGGCCCUGAGUCCAGGGCAGCACUAUAGGUGGGAUGUGAGUUCACUGUGUGGCAUCCUCAGGAUGUUCAAUAAAAGACAAGAUGGUG